GCACAAUCCAAUUUAAUCCUCUCUCCACCGUUACACCUUCUACUCUCAUAUAUAUGUACGUAGUGGGCUCUUGUUAGCUGUUGGCCAUCAUAUAUCACGUUACGUUCUUCGAUCACGUAUAGUACCUCUUAUCUAUCUAUCUAAUCAAGCUCUAUCAAACAACUGCAUGCUAUCUGCUUAGCUACCUGAUAAACGAUGGCCAGAGUUCUGCUCUUCGGUUUUGUGUUGGUGUUUACCAUUGCUGUUCACGCUACAACUCUUGCCGAUUCUCGAUCCGUUCAUCUUAAAUAUGUCAACAAGGCCUUGGAAAAAGGAGCUGUUUGUUUGGAUGGUAGUCCGGCUGCAUACUACCAUGACAAAGGGGUGGGGGAUGGGCGUCACAAUUGGGUUAUUUACCUUCAAGGAGGAGGCUGGUGCUCUAAUCACACGGACUGCAAAAAUCGCUCCACCUCAGGCCUCGGAACUUCUACUCGUUUCAACAAAACUCUCGCCUUCGAUACUCCUUUUUUUAACAACAAUUCCAGCAGUAAUCCUGAGUUCUACAACUGGAACAGAGUGUUUGUUCCAUAUUGUGACGGAUCUUCGUUUACCGGAAACAAAGAAGCUGUUGAUCCGGUUACUAAUGUAACCUACAGAGGCUUCAGAAUCUUUGAGGCCACAAUGGAUGAUCUCAUGUCUAAAGGAAUGAAGAAUGCUCAAAAUGCGAUUCUUAGCGGAGGUUCGGCAGGGGGAUUGGCAGCUAUGAUUCAUUGUGACCGGUUUCGGGAUCUUCUCCCAAUUACUGCACGAGUCAAGUGCCUCGCAAUUGCAUCUUACUUUGUGCAUGAGGCACAUCUUGAUGGAAGCAAACAGUUUGAAGCAAAGUUCGAGGGGUUGAUUAGUUUACACGGAUCGUCCAAAGCAUUGCCUCCCCUAUGCACAUCAAGAAUGAAUCCGAGUUUGUGCUUCUUCCCUCAAUACUUCUUGCCGACUAUAAGAACACCUGUUUUUAUAGCAAUGUCGUCAUUCGAUCGAGUCCAAAUAAGAUAUAACUUAUGUCUGGAGGAUGAGGUUUGCCUAUUGCACAAUAAUUGCACUCAUGAACGGCUGAAGGCAAUGCAAGAUUUGAGGCAUUAUGUUCUUUCCAAGUUACCAAAAGCUUGUCCUUCUCAAAGGGGAGUGUGGAUUACUAGUUGCAUCGCCCAUGAUCUACCGUACUAUUGGAAAACGACUUAUGGCAAAGUUCUUAGCGGUUGGUUUAUUGAUGGAAGUUAUACUCAAGUAAUUGAGGAUUCAGAAAUACCAAGAAAUUGUAGUUCAGAAGGCAUCUCUCCCAUUUAACUGCGCCCAGGCCACAUUUAGUUUAAUUAAGUUUUCCUUACAACGUAACAAUGUACUGUUUGUGUUUGACCUACUUAUUUUUCUUCAUGGAGAUGAGGGACAUGCAUGGAUGCCCUGGCCUCAAGUCAUUAUCUCAUCCUUAAUCCUUAGUAAUUAAUUAAUUAACUCAACUCUCCUCUAAUCUCUAAUUCACCUUUUGUGAUUUAUAGAUCUUCUUGUGCACCUCCGAUAUACUUCGGGUAUAUCUAACUUUUCAUUACCACGUAUUAAUAUAAUCACUCUCU